AUGGCAGCAGUGGGGCCCCCGCAGCAGCAGGUGCGGAUGGCCCAUCAGCAGGCCUGGGCAGCGCUCGAAGUGGCGCUCCGGGUGCCCUGCCUCUACAUCAUCGACGCCAUCUUCAACUCUUACUACGAUUCCAGCCAAAGCCGGUUCUGCAUCGGGCUCCAGAUCGUCCUCCGGCUCCUCGGUAUAUUUGUUUCCAGUAUUGUUCUGAUAUUGUCACAGCGAUCACUUUUCAAGUUUUACAUGUACAGCGCAGCCUUUCUUUUAGCUGCAACUUCAGUAUUGGUAAAUUAUUAUGCUGCUUUGCACAUUGACUUCUAUGGUGCCUACAACACAUCAGCUUUUGGAAUUGAACUCCUCCCUCGGAAAGGGCCCUCACAGUGGAUGGCACUCAUUGUUCUACAGCUGACGUUUGGAAUUGGAUACAUUACACUGCUCCAAAUUCAUUCCAUCUAUUCACAACUAAUUAUUUUGGAUCUGUUGGUCCCUGUAAUAGGCUUAAUCACAGAGCUACCGUUACACAUCCGGGAGACUUUAGUUUUUACUUCUUCCUUGAUUCUUAUAUUAAACACACUGUUUGUCUUGGCAGUGAAACUUAGGUGGUUUUAUUAUUCCACACGGUAUGUUUAUCUCUUAGUGAGGCACAUGUAUCGAAUUUAUGGAUUACAGUUAUUAAUGGAGGAUACAUGGAAGAGGAUUCGUUUCCCAGAUAUACUGAGAGUCUUUUGGCUAACAAGAAUUACAGCUCAGGCUACAGUGUUAAUGUACAUUUUAAGGAUGGCAAACGAAACUGAUUCCUUCUUUAUUUCUUGGGAUGACUUCUGGGACCUCAUUUGCAAUCUUAUAAUUAGUGGAUGUGAUUCUACACUAACUGUGCUGGGCAUGAGUGCUGUAAUUUCUUCAAUAGCCCAUUAUUUGGGCCUUGGAAUAUUGGCCUUUAUUGGAUCAACUGAAGAAGAUGACAGGAGACUUGGCUUUGUAGCACCUGUUUUAUUUUUUAUUUUGGCUCUUCAGACUGGUUUAAGUGGGCUAAGACCAGAAGAGAGACUUAUUCGCUUAAGUAGAAACAUGUGCCUUUUAUUAACUGCAGUCCUGCAUUUCAUCCAUGGAAUGACAGACCCCGUAUUAAUGUCUCUCAGUGCCUCUCACGUGUCAUCUUUUCGUAGACAUUUUCCUGUGCUCUUUGUCUCUGCUUGCCUGUUUAUUCUUCCUGUUUUACUCAGUUAUGUUCUUUGGCAUCACUAUGCACUAAACACAUGGCUGUUUGCCGUUACAGCCUUCUGUGUGGAACUCUGCUUAAAAGUAAUUGUUUCUCUCACUGUUUAUACGUUAUUCAUGAUUGAUGGCUACUAUAAUGUCCUCUGGGAAAAGCUUGAUGAUUAUGUCUACUAUGUUCGUUCAACAGGCAAUAUUAUUGAAUUUAUAUUUGGAGUAGUAAUGUUUGGAAAUGGGGCCUAUACUAUGAUGUUUGAGUCAGGAAGUAAAAUUCGGGCUUGUAUGAUGUGUCUACAUGCGUAUUUUAACAUCUACUUACAAGCAAAAAAUGGCUGGAAGACAUUCAUGAAUCGUAGGACUGCUGUUAAGAAAAUUAAUUCACUUCCUGAAAUAAAAGGGAGCCGCUUACAAGAAAUAGAUGAUGUCUGUGCAAUCUGCUAUCAUGAGUUUACUACAUCUGCUCGUCUCACACCAUGUAAUCAUUAUUUCCAUGCACUUUGCCUUCGGAAAUGGCUGUACAUUCAAGAUACUUGUCCAAUGUGCCAUCAAAAAGUAUACAUUGAAGAUGAUAUCAAGGAUAAUUCAAAUAUACUUAACAACAGCGGAUUUAUUGCACCUAAUGAAAAUGCAGAGGAAGCUGUAAGAGAGGCUGCUGCUGCCGAAUCUGACAGGGACUUGAAUGAAGAUGACAGUACAGAUUUUGAUGAUGAUGUUCAAACAGAAAGAAAUGGAGUGAUUCAGAAUACAGGUACAGCAGCUGAAGAAUUUAAUGAGGACACUGACUGA